UCAGCCAUGGAAAUAAAGGGGCUCAUGGUGUGUUUGGCUGCUGCUCUCUUGGCAGUAUGUCAUGGUUGUUCUACAGGAAAGGAGUUUAUUACGACAUUUCUUCCUAACUUCCAGCGUACUUUUAGAAAAGACCACAGACUCCAUGUGGUUCUGACGGCUCAGAGCUCUGAAGCCAGUGUUAACAUACAGGUGGGUUCAGUGGACUUCCGCAGCCAGCUGACUCUCUCUGCCGGCGAAAGCCGUUGGGUUUCUCUACCAUGUGGAUCUGAACUGCAGGAUCAGUUUGUUUCUGAAAACUCAGCUGUUCGAAUCUCAUCUAGUGCUGAAAUCUCUGUGGUCUCGUUCAAUCGUCGCCACGCCACAGGAGAUGGCACAGUAGUUUCUCCAAAAGAACAGCUGGGUACUGAAUACUUUGUCUACACACCCGAAGGAGGCAUUAAGAGCAUGGACAAGCUACUGGCUAUCGUUAACGGUAAUAGCCAUAACCAGAUCACCAUUAUACCUGGUGCUGAUGUGUUGCUAAGAGGUCAAAAUAGGUGGCAGCGUGGGAAGGCAGUCACCUUUACCCUGGCACCAUACGCAUCCUACCUUGUGCGAAGUCACACAACUUUGACAGGCACACGCAUUCGAUCCCAGCAGCCUGUAGCUGUCUUAGCAGGCCACCAGUGUCUGACAUUGGGUGUUAAAUGUGAACAUGUGUACGAACAGCUCCCUCCUGUGGCAAGCCUGGGUAAACAGUACAUGGUACCCACCACUGGCACCUGCAAGACCACAAACUGGGCAGUAAUCGUAGCUGCUGAAGACAACACUGAGGUGACACUGCACAAGGGCGUACACUCACAAAAACAGAAGCUGAAGACAGCUGGGGAAGUCACCUUCCAGAAACUGAUCUUCAGACAUCCACUGGUUAUCGAGAGCGACAAGAAAGUAAUGGUGUUGCUUCUCAGCAACAAUAAACCAAAUGAUCCUUUCCUAAUAACACUCACCCCUACAUGCCAGCUUGCCACUGAUUGGGCGGUGGAGACAGUUGACGGGCUCCAAAGUACAGUUGCUAUUUUGUCAGAGAGGGAGGGCUCAGGCAGUGUGAAGGUGUGUCUGAAGGGACACUGCUUCUCACCCAAGUGGAGUACCUUCUUGUCAGACAAGCGCUGGGUGUGGUCUAAUGUAGCUGUGGGGCAACAGCAGAGUCAUGUAACCGUGGAAGGUGAUGCACGGAUGGCAGUCUACGUGUACGGUGGGAAAUACCGGCAUGCGUAUGGAACUGCUGGAAUUUGCUCUGAAGGUGCCCCUCCACCUACACCCCCCAAGGAUCCCUGUGAAGAGGUGAAGUGUCGAGUGAAGGAACGUUGUGAGAAAGGAGCCUGCGUCCAUGUUUCCACAGCAACCUGCCAUGUGUUGGGUGACCCCCACUACUUGACGUUUGAUGGCCAGCGCUAUGACUUCCAGGGUUCCUGCACCUACAUUGUGACAACAGUUGCAAAGGUGGCAUCCGACCUUGUGCCUUUCACUGUGACGACCAAGAAUGACCACCGAGGUAGCCAUCGAGUUUCCUUUGUGAGGACUGUAACUGUCAGUGUUCACAAGCAGACAGUUAUCAUUGGCAAACACAGAGGAAAAGUACAGGUGAAUGGAGAACUCCAGCACCUGCCUGUCAGCUUGUUGUCAGGCCAGGUCUCUAUAAGGCAGAGUGGAAACUAUGCUGUUCUCAAAACUGACUUUGGCCUGACAGUGAAAUAUGACUGGAACAUGAGGCUGUACAUCACGGUGCCGUCCUCCUACUAUGAACACUUAGGUGGCCUCUGUGGAAACUACAAUGGAGACAGGAAAGACGACCUACCUGCUACUAAAGGCUCCCGUAUCUCUGCUGUGCUGGAGAUGAUCCAGCAGUGGAAGGUGAAAGACUCUGAUCUGUUCUGUCACGAUAACUGUGCUGGUCGCUGUCCCCAGUGCUCACCACAGCAGCAGGCCCACUACAGCCAACCCACACUCUGCGGGAUUCUCACACAGGCAGAUGGGCCAUUUUCAGCCUGCCACAAAAGUGUUGACCCAUCUAUAUACCUGGAUAACUGUGUCUAUGAUACCUGUGUCAACAAAGGUGCAAGGCAGGUGCUCUGUGAUAACCUGAAGAGUUAUGAUGAUUCCUGUCAGACAGAGAAAGUGAAAGUCAACCCUCAGUGGAGAAUGAUUACCAAAUGUUUCCCCUCCUGUCCAGCAGGCAGCCACUAUGAGGCAUGUGGUUCAGCCUGCCCUGCUUCCUGUGCGUUACUGGACAGUGAAGAGCAAUGUAAAGAACCCUGUGUGGAGGGAUGCCAGUGCAAUAAAGGACUGGUGCUUAGUGGAGACAGAUGUGUUCCUAAGUCUAGCUGUGGAUGUCAGUAUCAGGGCAGAUAUUACCCAUCAGCCACCACUUUCUGGGGUGAUAACACUUGCACCACCAAGUGUCAGUGCCUUAAUGGGCAAACCAAGUGCAAACCGUUUACCUGUAAGAAGACUGAGCACUGUGUCUUGAAGGAUGGGGUCAGGGACUGCUACCCAGCAUCCUAUGCAACGUGCCAGGGCGCCGGAGACCCCCACUACAGAAGCUUUGACAAUCGCCGGUUUGAUUUCCAGGGCACUUGCAUCUAUGUUCUGUCUCAAUACAUCACCAAGGGAUCAGACCAGGGCCUGGUGCCAUUCCAGGUGCUGGUCCAGAAUGAGAACCGAGGCCGUAACAAGGCUGUGUCCUACACCAAGUCUGUCUCACUCAGUGUAUUUGGUAACCUCACUGUCAGCAUGAGUCGUGCCGGCCCGGGGAAAAUUCUGUUAAACAGUCAGUCGGUGAACCUGCCUUACUCCAUGGAAGAUGGCAAGCUUUCCUUGUUCCGGCGUGGCUACUUCGGCGUGGUGACAACUCAUUUUGGUUUGACGCUCAAGUUCAACUGGAACAGUCACGUCAGCCUGACUUUGCCCAGUUCAUACUCUUCUGCUACAACUGGUUUGUGUGGAAACUACAAUGGAAAAGCUGGUGAUGACUUACUGACCCCUGAUGGCACACAGGCCAAACACAUCAAUGCCUUUGGACACAGCUGGAAGACAGGAGAAGACGCAGGCUGCACUAGUGACUGUCCUGGAGGUAAAUGUCCUGAGUGUGAGCCUGCUCUGCUACUACGUUACCAACAGGGGCGCUACUGUGGAAUCAUAGCUGACAAGAGUGGGCCGUUCAGGCAGUGUCACAGCAAACUGGACCACACCUCCUUCCUCACAGACUGUGUUUUUGAUUUGUGUUUGUACCAAGGCCAUGUCUCUGCCCUGUGCAACAGUCUGUCAGUUUUCAGCACUUCCUGUCAAGACGCGGGAGCUACAGUGGAGAGUUGGAGAACCGAACAGUUUUGUCCUCCAUCAUGUGGUGCAAACAGUCACUAUGAGCUGUGCGCCCCCCCCUGUCAGCUUACCUGCAGUGGUCUCACCCCCCCUGAGGGCUGUGACGAAUCCAGCCCCUGCACAGAAGGCUGCGUGUGUGAUGAUGGAUUUGUGCUGAGUCAUGACAAGUGUGUACCUCUAGCAGAAUGUGGCUGCCAGUACGAAGGACAGUAUUAUCAAAGUGGACAGGUGUUCUAUCCAGGAGCGUCCUGUAACACCCGAUGUGUCUGCUCAGAUGGUGGAGAAGUACAGUGUGAUAAUAAAUUCCAAUGUUCGCCCAACGAGAAGUGCGUGGUUAAAGACGGUUUCGCCUCCUGUUCUCCCAAAAGUGUUGGUUCCUGUUCUGUGAGCGGAGUCAGAACAGUCAGGUCCUUUGAUGGACAGGCAUAUCCUCUGUGGGGGAACUGUUUGUUCACAUUGUCAGAGAUGGAGGAGAAGGAAGGAGGGAUGACGGCCUUCUCUGUGCUGGUACAGCAGCAAACCAGUAAGGACGGUAUCGUCUAUCGCAGUGUGGAGCUCCAGGUUUACGACAUGGGAAUCACACUGGAGACUGGAGUUGUUUGGGAAGUUAAGGUUGAUGACAUCAGAGUCUCCCUUCCUGUGUUACUAGCUGGUGGAAAAGUGCGGGCACAUCAAAACGGCAUCAACAUCAUCAUUGAAACUGACUUUGAUCUGACGCUGACCUAUGACAGCGUGGCAGGCUUGUUGUUGCAAAUCCCAUCUACCUAUCAGGGCUCACCACGCGGUCUCUGUGGCAACUACAAUGGGGAAAUAUCUGAUGACCUGGGAUCAGCCAGUCAGAAGCCAGCAGACAUUGCAGCAACUUGGGUAGUGAAGAAGGACAACGCUUCCUGUGAGACAGGCUGUGGUGCCAGUUCCUGCCCUGAACCAGAUGGACAGAAGGUCCCAGAGGCCAAGAAGGCCUGUGACAUCAUCAAAGCUCAGCAGGGUCCAUUUGCAGGAUGCCACUCAACCGUGAACCCAACUCCCGACUAUGAAGCCUGUGUCAGGGAGAUGUCCACAGGCAAAGGGGGCGAGAACGUCCUGUGUCGUCACAUCCAGAAUUAUGUCACUGCCUGUCAACUAGCCGGUGCCAAGAUAAACAAAUGGAGGAGCGACGCCUUCUGUCCCGUCAAGUGUCCAGCAGGAAGUCACUAUGAGCUGUGCACCUCUGCCUGUUCCUCCACCUGCUUCUCACUGGAGCAGGCAGAGCCCUGCCCACUGUGCCAGGAGGGCUGCGAGUGUGACGAAGGCCUCAUGUCUGACGGAGUCCGCUGUGUUCCUGUGGAGAAAUGUGGCUGUGUAGUGGAUGGACAAUAUUAUAAGUCUGGUGCAUCAGUUUAUAUGGAGGACUGCUCAGAGCGCUGUGUCUGCCAGUCUGGACAAUUCAGCUGCAACUCCACAAGCUGCCAGGAGGAAGAGGAAUGUCGCAACAAGGAUGGAAUAAUUGGCUGCUACUCCAAAGACCCUUGUGCUGAGGUUGAGUGCAGGAUAAAGGAGCACUGUGAGGUGUCAGAAGGCCAGGGAGUGUGCGUGCCUAACUCGAAGGCCUUGUGCUGGGCUUUCGGCGACCCACACUACACCACGUUUGACGGCUGGAGCUACCCGUUCCAGGGAACCUGCACCUACGUCCUCGUCAACACCACAGGUCUUGAUCCCUCCCUGCCUGAGGUAACUGUGACCACCAAGAACGAGCUCCGUGGGAACUCCGAUGGCUCCUUCGUGCGUUCAAUCACUGUGGAGAUGCUGAGCCACCGUAUAUUCAUCCCAAACGAAAGAGGCGUCAUAUUGGUGGACGGCAUCAGGACAGAACUUCCUGUCCUUCUCGAAGAGGGCAGCAUCUCCAUCACACAGUCUGGAAUAAGAGGAACACUCCAGAGUAAUAUUGGCGUCGAAGUCACUUUUGAUUGGUCCACCCUCGCCAUGGUGUCCAUCACCAGCAGUUACUAUGGUAACGUUGCCGGGCUCUGUGGAAACUACAACGGCAGCAAGGAGGACGAUCUGACGGACGCCAGAGGCAAAAUAGCAGUUAAUGUGACAGAAUGGGCUGGAACAUGGAGCAUCAAGGACGGCGACCCCUUCUGUUACCAUUAUUGUGAGGGGGUGUGUCCCCAGUGCUCUGAGGAGGACCGCAUAAAGUACACUGGUCCAGAGUACUGUGGCAUCCUCAGCGAUAAGAAGGGCCCUUUCUCUGGCUGUCACGGUUCUGUGCCAGUAGCAGAGUAUGUGUCCGACUGUUUGUAUGACGUCUGCACCAAUGAAGGACGACAUGAGGUGCUGUGCGAUGCCCUGAGCGGUUACCUGGCUGAAUGCCAGGAAGCUGGAGCGUCCAUGUCGCCAUGGAGACAACUGGCCAACUGUUCUGUUGAAUGCCCCCCCCACAGCCACUACCAGGUGUGUGGCUCAGCCUGUCCAGCCAGCUGUGGUCCUCAGCCAGAGGUGUGCCCUAAGGUCUGUGUGGAGGGCUGUUUCUGUGACCCUGGAUAUGUGCGCAGUGGAAAAGAGUGUGUUAUCAAGGAGAAGGGCUGCGGCUGUAACCAUGAGGGCUAUUAUUACCUGCCAGGUGAGGAGUUCUGGGGCGACUCCCAGUGUGAGAAGAAGUGUGUGUGCGAUUCAGCAACACAAAAAGUGCAAUGCGAGCAGACUCAGUGUCGAUCUGGAGAGAAAUGCGGCAUUGUGGACGGAGUCCAAGACUGUUACCCAAUCAGCUUCAAAACAUGCAGCGCGCACGGAGAUCCACACUUUUACACCUUCGACGGACGCAAGUUCGACUUCCAGGGCAACUGUGUCUACAAGCUGGCCGGUGUGUGUGGAGACAUUAAAGGUCUGAAGCACUUUGAGGUCAGCCUGGAGAACAACAACCGUGGCAACAAACGAGUAUCAUACGCCAAAGUGGUGACUGUUAAAGUCUAUGACACCUCAUACACACUGUCAGUGGACUACCCAGGCAGAGUGCUGGUGGACGGACUUGAAAACUCCCUACCAUUCUCAUACAAUCAAUCACUGCUCCAAGUUUAUCGCAGACACAGGCUGGCUGUCAUUGAGACACAUUUUCUUAAGGUCUCCUUUGACUUUGCAAGUGCAGUGAGGGUGGAGCUGGCUACUAGUUAUCAGAACGCCACCUGUGGUCUCUGUGGAAACUUCAACAACAACCCAGCCGAUGAUCUGAUGCUGCCUAAUGGGAAGCUGGCCUCCAACGCCAACGAGUUUGGAGUGAGCCAGUGGCUGGCCGAUGUGGAGGGCUGCUCUCAUGAGUGUAAAGACUGUGCUCAGCCCCUCCCUCCUGACGUCAAACCACCCAGCUACACAUCGGUCUGCGAUAUCAUAACAGCGAAGGAUGGGCCCCUGGCUGACUGCGUGGGCCGGGUAGAUGCCCAGCAGUACCGCGACGACUGUAUCUACGACAUGGUGCUGAAUGACGGGAAACAGCAGCCAGCCUGCGACAUCAUCAGCGACUACGUGGAAGAGUGUCAGAGGAAAGGCGGCUGUGUGAAGUCAUGGAGGACGAGGCAGCUCUGUUGGAUGCAGUGUGCACGCAACAGUAUGUACAGUGUCACAGCUCCUGGCUGUCCAAUCAGCUGCACCUCUCUGUCUCCGCCGGCAGAGUGUCAAACCCCACCCAGUGAGGGCUGUGUGUGUAACCCUGGUUACCUGCUGAGUCAGGAUCGCUGUGUGCCACUGGCUGAGUGCGGCUGCCACUUCAAUGGUCAGUACGUUGUGUCUGGACAGAAAUUCUACGCUGACUCUGACUGCCAGCGCUUCUGUGUGUGUCAUGGAGGGGUGGUCACCUGUAAGAACAAACCCUGCACAAAGAAGCAGAAAUGUGGAGUGAGGAAGGGAGUGAGGGGCUGCAUCGGCAAAGGACUGUUCUCUUUUAUCCGUGGUGUGUUCAAAGGAUAGAAGAGGGACAGAUGCAUGGGUUAUUAAAUCCAUUUUUUAGGGGGAACACAUAUUGUGUUUGUUGUGUAUUGUAUGUUAUCAGCUAUAUAUAGGUGUGUUCAGGUACUAAAAAAUCUUAUGUCCAAGGUCAACUUCUAUUUAAAUCAUAAAUCAAAAUCAAAUCAAAAACAAACUGAAUAAUGAUUUUUCUGAUUACCAAAUGUCUUUAUUACACUAACGGUUUACUCCAGGUUACAUCAUAGUUGUAUUAGGCUGCAUUAGUGUAAGCUGGGAGUACUCAGUAUACUGGCAUCCGAGUGUACAGUGUGAAGCAAUGAUAAUUCUAUCAUGUGUCUUUGUAUCUUUACAUUUUGUAAUGCUUUUUUUUUUCAGUUUCUCACAGAAUCUUCAGUUUUAGUGAAACAAAUGAAGACUUGUGCUACUCUCUUCUAAUUGUGGAAGAUUGUAGUGACCUUUGUUCUCAUCCUCCUUCUUCCUGUUCCUCCCACAUACACAGUAUACACACAGUAUACACACAGUAUCUGCAGUAAGCUGUACAGAACAUUUCAGUCCUUACAAAUCAGUUUGUUUCUAAUGACCAUUAAAAUUGUUUCAGCAGCAAAAAUGUAUCUGUGAUUGACGUACA